AUGUCUAUGCCAUCCACAAACCGCAUAUCCCUGGCAUGUUUGGUUUUACUCUUCUUCUCGGCUACUUUGCUUUCACACACUGCAUCCCGGUUGCUCCCUGACAUUUCAAGCUAUGAGAGCCACGAGCAAUGGAUGGCUCAUUACGGACGUGUGUACAAGGAUGCUGAUGAGAAAGAACGGCGUUCAAAGAUUUUCCAAGAGAACGUUCAGUACAUACACUCAUCCAACAAUGGCAUGAACAAAGGUUACAAACUAGCAGUGAAUGAGUUUGCAGACCUUACAAACCAAGAGUUCACGAGCACAAGGAACCGAUUCAAGGCACAUGAAUGUUCCACAUCCAGCUCUGCUUUCAGGUAUGAAAACUUGACAGCUGUCCCCUCAUCGAUGGACUGGAGAAAGAAAGGUGCAGUAACACCUAUUAAAGAUCAAGGCCAAUGUGGUAAUUAA